AUGUCUUUCGCAGCAGCAUCAGCAGCCCCAGCAGCAUCAACCCCUUCCAAUGCAGCCCCUCCUUCAGGUAACGCAGCCGCUGCCAACAUGGUCGCGGCUGCACCUCUUGUCCCCACCCUCAAGAGCGCCAUCGUCCGUUCCGUGCUGAGCGGAGACACGAUUGUGAUUCGUCCCAAGGGCGUCAACAUCCCCGGCAAGGAGGAGACCGUCCACAUUGCUGGCAUCGCUGCUCCUCGUCUCGGCUCGCGCGAGCGUGACGACGAUCCGCAGGCUUUCCCUUCCCGCGAGUACCUUCGCCUACUCACCGUAGGCCGCGAGAUUCGCUACCGCAUCGAGUACACCGUCCCUGCACCUGCAGCCGUACCCGGAAGCACCGUCGCGCAGCCCCGCCAAUUUGCUCAUGUCUUUUUGCCGCCCAAAGGCCCUGGUCUUCCGGACACCAACGUGGCCCACGAGAUCCUUGCUGCUGGCUGGGCCAAGGUCCACGACUCGGUGGCUCGGCGAAGCGAGGAAGCCGACGACGGCAGCUGGAAGCAGAAGCUGCGAAGCGUCCAGGAAGAGGCUUCCGCCUCUGGAGUCGGUCUGUGGGGGCCCGACGAUCUGCUCAAGGUUCACCACUCGAUGCCCGAAGACACGGCCGCUUUCCUCGCCGAGUGGAAGGGCAAACCCAUCGAAUCCAUCGUUGAGCAGGUCCGCGACGGCAGCAUGCUUCGUGUCCGUCUCCUCCUCUCGUCGACUCACCAGCAGAUGGUCAACCUGAGCUUGGCUGGUAUCAAGGCGCCUCGAGUUACGGGGGGCGGUGGUGCCAGCCCUACCGACGCUAGCGAGCCAUACGGCGAAGAGGCCAAGUUCUUUGUCGAGAGCCGUCUGCUUCAGCGCAACAUCAAGGUGACGCUUCUCUCGGUGCCACAACCCGUCGCAGCUCCGACCCCAUUUGCAAGCACCUCAUCGGCCCCUCCUACUCCUACUCAGCCCUCGGCGAGCGUGCUGAUCGGCCUCGCGAUCCACCCGGUCGGCGACAUUGCUCAAUUCCUGCUUGCGGCUGGCCUGGCUCGAUGCGUCGACUGGCACGCUGGCAUGCUCGCCUCGUACGGUGGCAUGGAAAAGUACCGUCAAGCCGAAAGAACCGCAAAGGAGAAACGUCUCAAUCUAUGGCAAUCGUACUCGGCACCUGCCUCAUCGUCCAGUACCUUGGCAAGCCAGCCGGUUGCAGCGCGCACCUUUGACGCCGUCGUCUCCCGCAUCAUUUCGGGCGACACGAUCCAGGUGCGCAAGACGGGCGCGGACGGCAAGCUCGGCCCCGAGAAGCGUAUUCAAUUUUCGUCGUUGCGCCAGCCACAGGUCAAGGACGCCAAGCAGGCGGGCUACGCUGCGGAGGCGCGCGAGUUCCUGCGCAAGCGCCUGGUUGGAAAAUUGGUGUCGGUGCAGAUGGACUACAUCAAGCCCAAGGAAGGCGAUUUCGACGAGCGAGAGUACGCCACGGUCAAGCAGGGCAACAAGGAUGCCGACGUUGGACUUCUGCUCAUCUCGAGGGGUCUGGCUACGGUGCAGAGGCAUCGCCGUGAUGACGAGGAUCGCUCACCCGACUUUGACCGACUCAUGGAGGCGGAAGCCAAGGCGGUCACGGAAGGCAAGGGGAUCCACUCGGGCAAAGAGUUGCCUGCGCCACGCAUGGGCGAUGCGUCCGAGACUGCGUCCAAAGCCAACACGUUCCUCCCCGGUCUCAAGCGAGCUGGACGGUUGUCGGCGAUUGUCGAUUUCGUCGCUUCUGCGUCUCGCUUCAAGCUGAUCGUUCCCCGCGAGAACGUGCGACUCACCUUCGUGCUUGCCGGCAUCCGUGCGCCAAAGACGGCGCGAAACGCGACGGAAAAGGACGAGCCGUUUGGUCGCGAGGGUCUUGAUUUUUCGACCAUGCGUGCUCUGCAGCGCGACGUCGAGAUCGAGGUGUUCAGCACGGACAAGGUUGGUGGCUUCAUCGGUGCGCUCUACCUCAACAAGACUGACAAUCUGGCCGUGUCGCUGGUCGAGGGCGGUUUGGCUACCGUGCACAGCUACAGCGCCGAGGCGACGCCAUUCUACAAGGCGUUGGCCGAAGCAGAGGAGAAGGCGAAGGCGAGCAAGCUUGGUGUGUGGCACGACUACGAUGCUACUGCAGAGGGAGGGGCUGAAUACGUUGAUGGUACUGCUGCCGCUACGAGUCGUACUGGAGCAGGUGCUGGUGCUGCACGUGCUGGAGGGGCCGCCUGGGGCGGGGCGGCUAACGGUGCCGGCGGUGCGGCUGCUGCGGCUGCUGCACCGGCGAGAACCGAGUAUGUUGACUGCAUUAUCUCGGACGUGCGAGGCUCUUCUGGUCCCGAGGAUCCGUUCGGCUUCAGUAUCCAGGUGCUCAACGACCAGAUCAACGAGCUCGAAACGCUCAUGGACGAGUUUUCGCUGCACCACAAGUCGCCCGUUGCUGCCGGUCCUGCGAGCUUUAUCCCGCGCGCUGGCGACCUGGUCUCGGCCAAGUUCAGCCAAGACGGUGCGUGGUACCGCGCCAUCAUCCGCAAAGUCUCGCCGGGGCUCAAGGAAGCUCAAGUGUCGUUCAUCGACUAUGGCAACAAGGACAGCGUCAAGUUCAAGGAUCUGCGUCCGCUUGACGCGGCGCGUUUUGGGCGCACGCGCUUGCCCGCACAGGCGCGCGAUGCACGCCUGUCGUUCGUGCGGCUCUACGACGGCAAGCAGGCAGAGUACGUCGAGGAGGCGCUGGACAGGUUUAGGGCCAUCGCCGCCGAGGGCACGAAGAUGAUCGCGAACAUCGACUUUGUCGAGCCGGGGACGGGCCUGCUUCAUGUGAGCCUGUAUGACCCCGAGAGUCCCGGGAUCGGACAGAGCCCGGAGGUGGGGUGCAUCAAUUAUGAGUUGACUAAGGAGGGGUAUGCGCUGUUGGACGACAAGGUGAGGUACUGGAAGAGUUACCCUGUGAUGACGAAGGCGUUGCAGAAGGGGUUGGACGAGGCGAGGAGCCGGCAUAGGGGAUGCUUUGAGUACGGUGACCCCACUGAGGAUUAG